CCGCGCGCCGGGCACUCGGAGUCGUCGCGGCCGGAGGAUGCGGCGCCCCAACAUCCUGCUCACCGGUACACCAGGGGUUGGAAAAACCACACUAGGCAAAGAACUUGCCUCAAGAUCAGGACUGAAGUACAUUAGUGUGGGUGAUUUAGCCCGAGAAGGGGAGUUAUACGAUGGCUAUGAUGAAGAGUAUGAUUGUCCCAUUUUGGAUGAAGAUAGAGUAGUGGAUGAGUUAGAAAAUGAGAUGAGAGAUGGUGGUGUUAUUGUUGAUUACCAUGGCUGUGAUUUCUUCCCUGAACGCUGGUUUCAUAUAGUUUUUGUGUUGAGAACAGAUAACAGCAUUUUGUACAAAAGACUUGAAACAAGGGGUUAUAAUGAGAAGAAACUGAAAGACAAUAUUCAGUGUGAGAUUUUUCAAGUUCUUUAUGAAGAAGCCACAGCAUCCUACAAAGAAGAAAUUGUGCAUCAGCUGCCCAGCAAUAACCCAGAAGAGCUUGAGGAUAAUAUAAAUAAGAUUUUGAAAUGGAUUCAGCAAUGGAUGAAAGAUAAUAACUCUUAACUACUGUUAUCCAGCCAUAUUAGUCACUCAUGUUGAUAUCUCUCUCACUACUACAUAGAAACCACCCAAAUAAUCAGUACAGUUUUAUUAAAUCCGUGUCACAGGUCUAGCAGAUGGAUAAUCGAAAAACUUAGGUCUUGGUUUCUUUUUCUCCAUGAGAAAGCUGAACAAUCUCAGAUAUAAUGAACGUAACUAAGGCUUGAGAAUAAAGAAGUUAUGUAAUA